UAAUUCAUAUGCUUAUGCUUUUCUUUUUCCCUCUUUCCUUUCUCUUUACGCCCCCAGAACGCCAGCUCUGAUCACGUUUUCUCCACAUUGUGUCAAAAUUUCUCAUACACAAAAUCCAUUUUUUUUGCAUCAUUUUAAUUCCUCAACUACCCCAUUUUUUCAUUUUGUUCAAAUCAUUUCAAUCUUGCUCUUAUUCUCUCUGACACAAAAAAAAAAAUCAGAUUUUGAUCCAAAUUUUCCUGUUUUCUGAACUUAUUUCAUCAUUCCCAAGAAAACCCAGUUUCUCAAAUCUUCCAGAAUUAGUAAAGUUGUCAACUUUAAGUGUUUUAGAGUGUAAAAUGGCUUGAAAUUGGGUAUCUUGAGUUGCAAUCUGAAGUCACAUUUCCAAAUUUUCCUGUUUUCUGAACUUAUUUCAUCAUUCCCAAGAAAACCCAGUUUUCAAAUCUUCCAGAACUUCAACCCAUUUUAGUAAAGUUGUCAAGUUUUAUUUUACUGUUUUAGGGUUCAAAAUGGAUUGAAAUUGAGCAUCUUGAAUUGCAAUUUGAGCUUACAUUUCCAAAAAAAAAUAAAAAAUGGAUGGAUUAAUGGGAGAUGUUAAAAAAAUAAGAAAAAGGGGCUGUUCACCAUCUUCCUCAACAUCAUCUGUGAUGCAGAAUUACAAAUUUAAGAGGGCAAUUUUAGUGAGAAAAAAAGGAGGAAGUGGAGGUGGAGGUGGAGGGGGUUCCACUACACCAGUGCCCACCUGGAGAAUGGUGGGGUCUAGGUCACCUUCGGUUGUUUUAAGGGUGGCAGCUGCUUCCCCAAGGUACCCACCGAGCCUUUCAGGCCGGUCCAGGUCCGGUCAGGGGCAGGGAAACGGCCAGCAGCCGGUGUCGGCCCGGAAAUUGGCUGCUACAUUGUGGGAGAUGAAUGAGGUUCCAUCACCUAGUCCUAGUUUGAGGGUUGGGAGGAGGGACAAAAUCAGGAGGUCUUGGAAUAAUUCAGCUUCUCUUCCUCCUCAUUUGUCUGAUCCUUCUCAUAGUCCUGUUUCUGAGAGAAUGGAACGAUCUGGAACUGGUAGUCACCGGAGAAGAGAAUCAUCCAUAUCUAGAAAGUUAAAGAAUGACCAUUUCGAUUCUGUCAGUAAUGCUAGCUUCAUGGAGAUAGAGACUAGAUCCCGAUGCCAGACCCCUUCUGGAUCGGCAGCUGGUGGGAGAACCCGUUUGAAGGAUGUGAGUAAUGCUUUGACCACUUCUAAGGAGCUGCUGAAAAUCAUAAGUCGUAUGAGGGGUCAUGAAGAUCAACCUUCAUCAAGCAUGUCUCUCAUUUCUGCCUUACAUGCUGAGCUCGAGAGGGCCCGCUUACAGAUCAAUCAGGUAAUUCAGGAAGAUCGAUCUGAUAGCAAAGAGAUCAAUUACCUUUUGAAGCGUUUUGCUGAAGAGAAGGCAGCAUGGAAGAACAAAGAACAAGAAGCAGUGGAGGCCGCAGUUGAGUCCAUAGCAGGAGAGCUUGAGGUGGAAAGAAAGCUUAGGAGGCAAUUUGAAAGCUUGAACAAAAAGCUCGGUAAAGAACUUUCAGAGACAAAAUUGUCAUUCCUGAAGGCAAUGAAGGAACUUCAGAGUGAGAAGCGAGCAAGAGGAAUUAUUGAACAAGUUUGUGAUGAGCUAGCUGGGAAUAUUGGUGAAGAUAAAGCCCAAGUGGCAGAGAUGAAGAGAGAAUCACUAAGGAUGCAAGAGGAUUUUCAGAAGGAAAGAGAGAUGCUCCAAAUAGCUGAGGCACUGCGCGAGGAGAGAGCUCAAAUGAAACUUUCAGAUGCCAAGCAUCAGUUCGAGGAGAAAAAUGCAGCGGUUGAUAAGCUGAGAAAUAAGCUUGAGACUUUCCUUAGAACCAAUAGUAGUAAAGAUAAUGGAUGUGGGUCCGUGUAUCAGAGAAGGGAUGUGGAUUUGGCCUUUUGUCGAAGUCAAGCAAAGGAAAGCGACGGGGAAGAAGUAGAAAAUACAACCGAUGAUGAUGAUGGUGAAAACUCGGGUGAAAGUGAUCUUCAUUCCAUAGAUUUGAACAUGGAGGAUCCUUAUAAAAGCAACUACAAUCUGAUGAAUGCAUCCAUGACACCAAAGAAAUCCAAAAGGCACUCAGUUGAUGAGCAACUCAAAGGUCGAAAAUCACUAUUCAAUCAAGUAGCUAGACGAAGCACUUCUUUACUACGAAGCGUAUCUAAUAUAGUUGAAUGGGGCAAUGGCUCGAGUCAUGAAAUUGAUAAGCAAAUUCCCAGGAAAAGUUGUGGGGAUGAGAUCCAACGGCAUAAAUCAGGGAGAGGUUCACGGGACCAUGCUUUGCCUAGUUCUAGGCUCGGAUUGGAGAAAGAAUUGGCAAGCCCCUCUAGUCAGCGAGGAUCACCAUGGCCAUCACGGGAUCCUUGCAAUGUAGCACUGCAGAGACCAAUGACGAUGGAAGGGAGUGGAACUAGGGGAAGGGUUGAAGAAAGCAGAGUUCAAGGGCAUAACUCAAGGAGAUCAAAAAGAUGAUUUAUUCAGAUUUGGUCUUUUAGGCAAUUGUCUUGUUUGCCGUGGUGAUAACCUUUCUUUGUUUUCUUUCUGUGCGGCUGCCAAUGUUAGUUUGCUUGCACUCUUUGUAUCUUUGCCCCUUGUGACAAUGCGGGUUUUUGUAAAGCGGAAGACAGUUUUAUUUCUCAAUUCUUUUACCUUUAAGCAUCAGGUGAAGACUUUAUUAGAGUAGGGGAUGCUUGAAUAUUUGGUAAAAUUGUCAGAUUUAUCAAUGUGCAUUUUAGAAAA